GGCUGUAGUGCAGUUACUGCCUGGUGCAAAGUCCCCAGCAACAGCAUGGACAGGCUGGAAUCACGGUGCCCUCCACCAGGCUCCCUCAGGCUAUUUGUCCUUACAUGCCUCCUGAUCCUGACAGCCUUUCUGACGUAUCCUAUGCUCAGGACCAUUAGCCUCUGGUUCCACUCCUCCCUCACUAGGAGCUAUGUCUCUGGCACUUACUCCAUCGUUUUUGUCAACUAUCCCAAUGAGCAAAUUGCCAGAGAUGUUGCCAGGGCCAUACUGGAUAAGAAGUUGGCAGCUUCUGUGAACAUCUUGCCUAAGACAUCUUCACUGUACUUUUGGAAGGGAGAAAUAGAAGAAUCCACUGAGAUCUUGUUGCUAAUAAAGACAAAGACUUCCAAGGUCUCCAGGCUGUCCACCUACAUGAGGUUGGCUCAUCCUUUUGAAAUCCCAGAGGUCUUCAGUAUUCCCAUGGACCAAGGAGAUGCUCGCUAUUUAAAGUGGCUUGAGGAGGGCAUGAAGGAGGACUAAGCUGAGAGACCGCACAGGCUGCUGGCUGGCUGGCGGGCCUUUCUUCACUGUGCUCUGGGGAAGGCAGGCCUCCUUCCACCUCCCUAGGGGGUUCCUGACGGUGCAGAGAUGACCUGUGCAUGCUGACUGAAGGACUGAGAAUUUCAUGGCCGGGGGUGAAGGCCAGCCAGGCCUGUGAGAACCAAGUGGAGCCUGUGUCCGCCAGAGGGUGUGAGGGUGACGAUGCAGGGACCAAGGGGAGGUGACAGUGAGGGCACUGGGCCUACCAUAAGUGCCCCAUGUGUAGGUGCUUCUCGUAGGGACAGAGGGCCUUCCUCACCUAGGUGUGUGUGGGAUAAAUGUCUUCUAAAAACACUGACAUGUGCUCUGUUCAAAAUGAUGAAUCAUAGUGGUAGAGUUUCAGGGGUCAGCAGAAUUUU